UUUCCAGGGCCAAGGGUAAUGAACCGGAAGUAGAUCUUCAUGGAGAAAACUACAUAAAUCACAAAUAUCUACAAAUGGCGGAAGCAGCAAAAUUUUUCGAAGAGACUUCAGAACCUGCAAAUUUCUUUGAAAAGAAGAGUCAGAUCGAGAAUUUUGUUGCAAAACACAAUGAAGAGAGUACACCCGUCGUUCUUGUUACGUCAGGUGGCACAACUGUACCAUUAGAAGGGAAUACAGUAAGAUAUAUAGACAAUUUCAGCAUUGGAACAAGAGGGUCUGCCUCAGCAGAAUAUUUUCUAGAGCAUGGUUAUGCUGUUUUAUUCCUUCAUCGUCAGCGUUCCCUGCAACCUUUUACUCGACACCUUCCACAAUCACAUCUUCUUGACAUUCUGGAGGUCAAAGGUGACAAGGAGGGGCCAACACUCUGUGUCAAACAAGAGUGCACAUCAAAGUUGCUGAACAUAAUUCAGAAAUACCAUGCAGUUCAACGAGAAGGGAGGCUACUCAUGAUAGAGUUUACAACUCUGGUGGAUUAUCUGCACUUGCUAAGAGCUUCUUCUUUAAUACUGUCAACUCUAGGGAAGAAAGCUUCAUUGUACUUAGCGGCAGCAGUGUCUGACUUUUACAUUCCAAAAAAUAAAAUGCCACAGCAUAAGAUACAGUCAUCAAAUGGUCCCCUGCAACUUUCUUUGGAGCUGGUCCCCAAAAUGCUUGAAGCUCUCGUGAAAAACUGGGUCUCAUCAGCAUUUGUCGUAUCAUUUAAGUUAGAGACGGACCCAAACUUGCUGACCGUCAAAGCCCAACAAUCGCUGGAAAAGUACGAGCAUCAACUUGUCAUAGGAAAUAUACUUGAUACCAGAAAAUACGAGGUCGUGUUUGUGACCAAUAGUGAAAUAGACUGGAUAAAGUUGGACGAGAAAGAUAUACAGAACGGUAUUGAGAUAGAGAGUAAAAUUGUGAAAAAUCUAGUUCAAAGGCAUAGACAGUUCUGUUGCGAAUGAUUCUUUAUAAUUUUUUUUUGUUUUUUAUUAUUUG